UACAGGUUAGCGAGCCGGUGGCUAACGUUAGCAGACAGACACGUCCACAGUCAGUCCUGCUGCUGUAUAUUGGACACAUGUCGAACUGUGCUGGGAGAAAUGAUAGCUACGAGUCCACCUCCACACGCACACUAACUGAGCUCCCGGCCCAGCCAUGUUCGGCACAGAGUCCUCAUUAAGCAUGUUUCUCAACACCCUCACACCCAAGUUUUACGUGGCUCUGACGGGCACUUCCUCCCUCAUAUCAGGACUCAUAUUGAUCUUUGAGUGGUGGUAUUUCAGGAAAUAUGGAACGUCUUUCAUUGAGCAGGUCUCUGUAAGUCAUCUGCGCCCCCUGCUGGGUGGAGUGGACAGCAGCUCCCCCACUAACUCCAACACCAGUAAUGGGGAGGCUGACUCAAAUCGACAAAGUGUGUCCGAAUGUAAAGUAUGGAGAAAUCCUCUGAAUUUAUUUCGCGGAGCCGAGUAUAAUCGAUAUACGUGGGUAACCGGUCGAGAGCCACUGACGUACUAUGACAUGAACCUGUCGGCACAAGACCACCAGACCUUCUUCACCUGUGACUCGGAUCACCUCCGGCCUGCUGACGCCAUAAUGCAGAAGGCGUGGAGAGAGAGGAACCCACAGGCCCGUAUCUCUGCAGCACAUGAAGCUCUGGAGCUUGAAGAUUGUGCGACAGCAUAUAUCCUCCUGGCGGAGGAGGAGGCCACCACCAUCAUGGAGGCCGAACGUUUGUUUAAACAAGCACUAAAAGCUGGAGAGAGCUGCUACCGCCGCAGCCAGCAGCUCCAGCAUCAUGGUACACAGUAUGAAGCCCAGCACAGAAGAGACACCAAUGUGUUGGUGUAUAUAAAGAGAAGACUGGCCAUGUGCUCCAGAAAGCUCGGCAGAACACGGGAAGCAGUUAAAAUGAUGAGAGAUUUAAUGAAGGAGUUCCCUCUCCUCAGUAUGUUCAACAUCCAUGAGAACCUGCUGGAGUCACUACUAGAGCUCCAGAACUACGCUGACGUCCAGGCCGUUCUGGCCAAGUAUGACGAUAUUAGCUUACCCAAAUCUGCAACAAUAUGCUACACAGCAGCCUUGCUCAAAGCAAGGGCGGUAUCGGACAAGUUCUCUCCAGAGGCAGCGUCCAGACGAGGGCUGAGCACAGCAGAGAUGAAUGCAGUAGAAGCCAUCCACAGAGCGGUGGAGUUCAACCCUCAUGUCCCCAAAUAUCUGCUGGAGAUGAAGAGUUUGAUUCUUCCUCCAGAACACAUCUUGAAGCGAGGCGACAGUGAGGCCAUAGCCUACGCCUUCUUCCACUUGCAGCACUGGAAAAGGGUGGAGGGGGCGCUCAACCUACUGCACUGCACCUGGGAGGGCACAUUCAGAAUGAUCCCCUAUCCUCUAGAGAAGGGUCACCUGUUCUAUCCCUACCCCAUCUGCACAGAGACGGCCGACAGAGAGCUGUUACCCACAGUGUUUCACGAGGUGUCAGUCUACCCGAAGAAGGAGCUGCCCUUCUUCAUCCUCUUCACAGCCGGUCUCUGCUCCUUCACCGCCAUGCUAGCUCUGCUCACACACCAGUUCCCCGAGCUCAUGGGAGUGUUUGCUAAAGCUUUCCUCAGCACGCUGUUUGCUCCUCUGAACUUCAUCAUGGAGAAGGUGGAGAGCAUCCUGCCGUCCAGCCUCUGGCACCAACUCACCCGCAUCUGAUCUCGAGCCCCCCCCCGCCCCCCCUGGACCAAGACAUGGAAGCCGACCUCCAUCCAGACAGAAACAGCUGAACUGAAACCCAGAAUGCUGCAUUUGACUGGACUGACACAGCUCUGUGCCAAGGGUUCAAACCAAUCCGCGAACAGAAGAGGACAACGGGAGGAGGAGUUAAAAACGACAAGAAAACACAACAACAGAAUCCAGAAUCGGUUUUGACUUUAUUUGAUAUGUUUGCAUUUUUGGGGGUUUUCGAUCAUUUACAGCUGUUCUUUUGUUGUACAAAAAGAGGUGUUAAAUUGCCAUCAUUAAAAAAGUGAAAAGACAAAAAAUACAAUAAAGGACUUUUUGUGUA